AUGAAAUUUCUUUUCGCAUUUGCUACUGUCAUUGCGAUUGCUUUAGCCUCUCCACAAUGGUAUGAUGAAGUCGCAAGUUCCAUAAGUAGCAUUGGAAUGGAAGGUUACAAGUUCGCAUCUAAAAUCAGUGACGAAAAAACUCGUCCAUUAAACUCAAAAGUGCAGAAUGUUGGAACAGAUAAAGAAGCCAUGGUUUUCCGUGGAUCAUACACCUUUAUUGAUGAAGAUGACCAAAAAUAUAUCGUCACAUAUAUCGUUAACAAGGACGGUUUGCAGACAUCAGAUCCUCACAAUCUAACAAGCUUAAACAACUCGCAAUCCUCAGAAAAAUGUGAUGACACAGAUUUUCUUUGUCUUCUCAGUGAAGCUUUUACAGAGAUGUAAACAUUGAAAUAAAGAUUUUAUUUAUUUUCUUCGAAUCAAUUCAAUCGCAACAAAACAUAA